AAGAUAUAUACGCAAGGGGGGAGAGAGUUCGAGUUUAAGAGAAAAAAAAGUAAACCGAGAGGACGACAUCAGAGAAAGCAAAGGGGGAGCAGAAGAGGGAGACAUUUGGGGUUUGGAUUGUGUAGCCGCGGAAGAGGGGAGGGGAAAAGUUGGACACGGACAAUCUUGCAGGAACUUUUUUUCUUCUUUCCUUUCUCCGUGGAAGAAGCCUCAACACAAGUCAACGGUAUAAAAGACACACUGGAUUACAAUUCAAUUGCAUCGACCCACGAGAUUUCCCCGGAUAGUUACGCGUCUAUUUCUGGAUUCAUGUGGUCGCCCAUUUGUGGAUUAAUCAAUAGUUGAAGCCGGUGGUUGAGGUGACGUGAGGUGUUUUCGGUGGAGUGAAACCAUGUGGCUUCUCUGCUCCUCUCUGGCGCUGUUGGCACUCAGCUUUGGAUCAUGUGACACACUGAUAUCAGAGCAAGAUGAACAAUGCCCCUCCGUACAAGUGGAAGAGUGGAAGUUUCCUCAGACGACCAGGCAGAAUAUCACAGGUUUCAAUCUGGUGAGGCGCUUCUCCCUGCUCAAGAAUAAAGAUGUCAAAAGGAUCCGCAACCCUCGAGGACCCACCAUCCUUCGCCUGGGAAAGACUGCACUCCUCCAACCUACUGAGUGA